UAUUGUCCUGUUCAGAAUAAUGUUACGAUGUGUCGUCACUUGUCAUUGUACUGUGAAGUGAUGUCAAACGUCAGUUCUUGUUCUCGUUACAGUCAUUGGAAAAUCAUCAACAGGGUCCUGUUGAGAAAGAACAAGAGCGUAGCUGAGCUGCAGGAGCGCUCGAAGGAGGUCAUGGAGUGGGUUCUCAAGGUGACCAACGAGGUGGUCCUGCCCGCCAUGGCCCUUUACCAGGUCCUCCACAUCCGCAAAGACCAAGAUGGCCGCCCGCUGUCCGCCGCCAUCUCCUACAGCAGCUGUGACUCCCACAGUGACAGGUCCUCUUCCGCAGGGCUACUGUCCCCAGCCAGGCCUGUCACUGGCUCUCUGACUGGGAUGGUAUGUUUCAACCCUGCUGAUUCUCCCCAGGACCAGGCCUCUUUUCUGGGCUCUGCCCACCCCUACGUCCCCCAGGGUGUUCUGAGAAUGAUCUCAGAGAGGUUCCACCCUCUGCUGAUAGGAGGGCAGGGAUCCAGGCCCCAGAGCAGGCUGCUGGGUGGCAGGCCUCCGAUGUUGGACUCUGAUAGGCCCACGGAGGAGGACGUCCUCGCCACGGCAUCCCUCACCGUGGCAGAGAUUCUGUUGAAGGUGCAGGCGGUGAUGGAUAAACAAGAGCACGAUGCAGAGGACAAGCUGUCAGCCUGUGUGGAGGAGCUCUACGAGUCUGUCAUGGGAGAGGUACUGGAGAAGUUUGCACUCCACCACCCCGGCUGCUUGCUGUCGGACUGCCAUGUGACCAGCAUCUCCCAGGACCUGAUAAACAACGCCUGGCAGGACGCCAAGGAGAAGAUUCAGGUCCUCGCCAACAGUCACACCGACGCCAUCAAUGAGCUGAUGUCCCCGUGGCCCCCGUCGUCUGCCGACACAAGGGAGAGGAUGGAGAUGGCCUCCUUCCUCACUGGCAGUUUGGCGGAGGCAGAAGAGAUGGAGAAGGCGAUGGCUCCGCCCAGCCGCGUGACAUCACCGACCCUCUGCUCCCUGAAGGAGAGCCUCUCUGGAAUCCUGGCCCGCCACGCCCUGUUCCAGAGCCCGGGCGUGGUCCCCACGGAGGAGAAGCUGGAGCUGGUGAGGAUGGUGGGGGGUUUCCUCCAGGAGAUGGAGCCCACAGAAGGAGGCUCUUCCCUGGACCAGCCCCAAGAGGCCUACGAGGCCUCCCUGGUCCAGAGUGUGGCCACGGCCUGCAACAUAAUCCACAACGUCCUGAAGAACUUCCACGCAGCCCAGCAGCUGAUUGGGCAAGUGGAGGUGGCUGACUUCCUGCAGCCUGGAAGUAAGACCUUCACCAUGGUGGUGGAGUGUGUUAGCCAGAGCCUGCUAGGAGACGUUGCCGUGGAGCUGGAUGCCCUGAGGAGGAGGAGGAGCCUGGAAGCCAGCAGCAACAGUGGGAGGAGCAGCAGGAAUCAGGAAUGCCUCCCUCUUGACACCCGGCAGGAGCGAUCAGUGGAGUGCAGCUCUGCUAGCAAGGAGGAGCAGGAGGAGGAGGAUCCUCAGAAGAAGGAGGAGACCACCCCUCCCUCCUCCAGGAGCACUAGCGCCUGGAGCGAGGCUAGCAGUGCUGCCAGCUGCCAAGACCUCAGCCUCACCUCUGAAAACAUGCUGGACAUCAUCAUGCGGAUGGCCCACUUGGCCUCCAGAUCUUCCCCUGACGACGACGACAAACGCGAUGGAGGCUCCUCCGUCAAAUUGUUCGACCAGGAGGAGUACGACCUGGACCGCCUGCUGGCAUCCCACAGCAUGUGCACCAGGAUGUUCCAGGGGAGGAUCCAACACUUCUCCGAGCAGUUGAUUAACUGCAUUUAUCAGCUUCUCCUGGACACCCGGAUGGGACGACUCUCCUCGACACCCCAUUGCCGCUUCGAGCCCAACUUCCAGAACCUGGAGGACAAGGAACGUCUGGACCAGGAGCUGUUCACCCCUCUGCUGUACAAUUUUUUCCAGACGGCCUUCAAGAGCCUGAUGGGGAACCUUCUGGGUGAAGAAGACCUCACGGACGACCACCGGGCAUCCUGCAGUGAUGCGUCCUCGGACGGCAGUGACAGAAGCAGUGACAGCAGCAGUGACAGCAGCAGUGACAGCAGCAGUGACAGCAGUGACUGUCCCUCCCUGGACUGGUCCCGAGGGAUGACGCCGGGCCCCAGGCGUGGGGUUGAGGGUAGUAGGAGAUCACAGAGCAGGUUGAAGCCCUCCUGCAGCCAGGAUCAGAGGCGCGCGCUGGAGGCCAUUUGUGAGGUGUUGACUACCCAGGCGGGAAGUGACCUCUACAAGACAUGCAACGACCCACAAGAAAACAUGGUUGUUGUCCGCAAAGGCCUUGAUGUUGAAGCCAUGGCCAGGGUCUGUAACCUAGCCAGCUCCUCCUCUGAAGACCAGGAAGUGACAACCGGAAGUCUCGAUCCAGAGUCAGGUCUCACCAGCCAGCAAGUAGGACAGCCUGAGAUGGAUGAAAACGAAAACGCUGACUACCCUGAUGAUUUCCACGAAGAGGAAGAAGGGUCAGAUUGCCAGACAAUUGCCAAGGGUGCAUUGAUCGAGGAAGAAGAGAAGGAUGAAGAUAUUGGAGCUGCAGGCGUCCCUGAGGAGGUCCAGGAUCAUCCCUCCCUACCCGUGAGCCCCUCUGAGACCCCCUCCCUCCAGCCCGGGGAGGUUCUGAUCCAGGAGAAGGUCCUGAUGCCCCCCCGGCCCAGCGCCCUGCACCACCAGACCCUGCAUGACCUGCUGCACAGGCUGGUGGGACGCCUGGCCCUCCAGGGGCCCCUUCGUUCCUGCUUCACCCCCACCAAUUCGGAGAUAGAGUCUGUCCUCUUCCAAGACGUGAGCUGGUUUCUCUGGAACCAGGCCGGGAUCGGCCUCGUCCUGGAGCACGAACCCCAGAACCCACUCUUCGGUGGCGCCGACGCCCUAGACGCCAUGUUUGAUGCGACCUACGCUGAGCUGAUGCUCUGUUCCGAUAGCAACAGGGCCCAGGUCCACUCUGCCCUCCAGGGAGGGCCAGGCAUCGUCUGCAUGGCCGAGAACGUCGCCACGGUGAUCUGCCGUCACGCCGAGUUUUGGCGCCCCUCUGCCGUGUCGGGUGAGACCCCUGAUUUGGAAACAGGUUGUGAGGAGAAGGAGAGCGCAGAGGACUCUGCUGGCUUGGAAAAGGCCGGUGGAAGUUCCAGCCCCUUCACAUGCAACAGAAGCUUGGAUGAAAGACUUGAGAUGGAGUCUGCUGGCUUGGAAAAGGCCAGCAGACUUCUCUUUCUUCUGGGAAGUGAGAGCAAAGGAGAUCUCUGGAGAUGUUUCACACUGAAGAAAGAGAAGACUUUCUUUAAGGAUGGACAGAAUGUGGCUGCCAAGGGAAGAAAGACAAGCAUAAUAUUCAAGACAAACAAAGUUUCUCCCCUUAGCGCUGAACGUGAGAUCCUGACUGCAUAUUUGCUCAUUUAGGCUUUCCCACUAUAGUUGGCUCUCCCACCAUUUCACACACACAGACUUGCACACAAACACUCACACACACACACAAGCAUACAG